UGGUUACUGAGGUGAGAGUUCACAAAGAUUAUUGGAUGUGUCUGAGCGGGAGUUCGCUAGACAAACGAUAGUUACUUUGAUGAGAGUUCAACGAGAUUAUUGCAUGUGUCCGAAAAGGGAGUUUGCUGUACACGCUAUAUAUAGUUACUUUCGUAUUUUGACUUUGUUGGAAACUAUUCGACACACGUGGAGUAGUACAUAUUUUCCCAUAAGUACAACCAAGGUUACAAGCAUGCCCAUGCACGUUAACUACUUGUGUGGGUGGUUUGUUUAUCCACCACGAUCAGACACAUGAGAAACAUUUUGAUCCUAAAAUGUUUCAUUAUUCAAUCUUGCUAGCAUGUUCUGUUUGCAUUUCAUAAUGCUACUUGACGAUUAUUUACUUAUCCUGGUUAUCUUGCCCAUGCAGGCAUGCAUUUGACCCCUAAGCUAACUUGAUAACGAUAUUAACACCAAUGCUAUCGUAUUGGCGAAUGUAAAAAGUGAACGCUUGACAAUAAUCGAGAAUUCAUGCGAAAGCAAUCGUCCUUUAUAACAUUAUCGAUCUUCAUGCACAUUUGAAUCAGAUCUUCAUUUGUUGUGUUGCAGCCCGUAGGGGUCCUGUGACUGGUGUGGAAGUGAUAUGGUAUAUAAACAAAGGUAGUUUCGAAUAUUCAAUCAGUUGGUGAGAGAAGGAAAAGAAGAGACAACAGCAGUUGAAGAACGUUGAUAUACUGAAUACACUUAUUGGUGAGUUAAUGAAAUAACACACGUGCUAUGAUGCAACUUUAAAACACGCGUAUAAGUGUUUUAUCAUAUUUAAAAUGCGAAUGCGCAGCACGAGUAUUUUAAAUAUGAUAAAACACGACUACAGGUGUUUUAAAUGGCUUAAAACACGACCACAAUAGAGUGACUGCCACAAGCAAUUGUUAUGUAUUGUCUACUAUCCUUACUCUCUUAUGUAUUGUCUAUAUUAUCCUUACUCUAUUGUCCAUUAUCCUUACUCUGGGUAGCUGCUCAAAUUUAUGUCUUGUCGGAUUCUCUAAAGCUAAAAUAUUUUUGUCUGGUUCAACUGAUUUGAGUAUAGAAAGUAAUAGAUGUACCGGGUGUCUCAAAAAAAAGUAUCGGUGUUUGAUUUGUUAUACCGUUAAAACUGGACAAGGAGUUUCAAUCAAAUAGGCUUCACUGAAUUCAGAAAGGCCUAAAUUAAAUUUUGAUACAGUAUAUGACUUGAAGAUAUUUGAGCAAUAUUGAAUGAAAUACUACAGUUUCAUUUCGAAGAAGCAAUUUUAAAACUGCUUAAAAUUACAUUAAAUCGGCCUAUCAAAUUGACAUUUAAUUUAAUGCUGUUCUUGUCAACACAACGCACGAUAAAUAAUAUUUACACAUUCGAUUAUUUAUUCAUCUGAAAAAGCAUGUCCUUAAACACCUAUACAUCGUUGUGCUCCGUUAACCAUGCCAUAAAAAGCGCUUUGUAUCAUUUGUGCAUCUAAACUUUGGCACGCUAAAAUAACUGCCUGGCGGAGCUGUCUCAAAUUCCUAGGCUGCUGCUGAUGCGGGACGUUCCAGGUUUGUUGCUUCAAUUCGAAUUUUGGCAUUCGAAUUUUUCAUUUCCGAUACUUUUUUUUGAGACACCCGGUAUAUUUAUGCAUGUUCAAAAAUAUAUAUAUUAAGCAAACUAAUCGUUUUUCUAGAUUAAUUUAUUACUUUGAACCUUCAUUUGAACCAGCUUUUAUCACUUUUGUUGUUUUUUUUUCCUCUUUCUUUGUAAUGUUCGUCUUCUCCUGUUGUGUAUAUUAUUUAAUUAUUUGUUAAAUGUAGUGUGAGCCCCUCGAUGAGCGUCCACGCUCUUGGUUACGUAAACAUUAAAGUUAUUAAAUAUGUUUAUAUAAAAAAAAAGAAAAACUAUUGCCUGCAGAAUACAGUUGAAUUAGCUUCCAAACGGUAUGCAAUUAAACCUACAAUAACAAACACCUACGCACUUGGUUUUCGAAAUAUUUUAACACCAAAAACGGUAUGCAGUCCAACCGCGAUCAGCCCCCCCCCCCGGGGAAUUUGACUUUUGAAGUAUAAUUGGUCAAAUGCCCGCCCGAACAGGCAGCAAACACAGUCAAAUGCCCUGCUAUAGGGGUAGUCCUGGUUCUGGAAAUUCGGCUAAAAUUAAAUUUAACAAGUAUAUCAAGAUUAAAAAAAUGAAAAAUAGGCCAGACAGUUCUUUUUGUUCAACCGGGCAUAUUGUAUCAUAUAUCAAUGAUUGAUAUUUGUGAUUCAGAAGCAAUUCCAACGUAGUUGAUUGUGAUUUCCAUUCCAGAAGCCCGCUUUGUGAUAGAAAACGUUCAUGAAUAAACUUUAAUAUGCAAACUUUAAUAUAAACCAGCUGCAAUCUUUAAUAUAUGCAUGCAUAAGCAUGUUAAGCCCGCCGCACACGAGCGCACUUGUCGCGCGUACUUGUUAUUCAUGACAAGUUGGAUCGACAAAAUUUCCUCGUGUGCGGGCAACAUUUACGGCAUUUUCGUCAUUCGUGACAUGUAAACUAAAUAUCAAACAUGUUUGAUCUUUUUCGUCAUUCUCGUGUGCGGCGAGCAAACGACAAGCGCGCCUGAAUAGGAAAAUUUUCGAAUGCGUGCAACUUGCAGAAUUAAAAACAACAUGGCGGAUCCAAAUCACGAGCUCGUGUCUUGUUUUUAAUUCUGCAAGUUGCACGCAUGCGCAUAUUUUCUUAUUCAGGCGCGCUUGUCGUUUGCUCGCCGCACACGAGAAUUUUUUUGUACACGAAUGACGAAAAAUAUCAAACAUGUUUGAUAUUCGUUUUACAUGUCACGAAUGACAAAAAUGCCGUAAAUGUUGCCCGCACACGAGGAAAUUUUGUCCAUCCAAAUUGUCACGAAUAACAAGUACGCGCGACAAGUGCGAUCGUGUGCGGCGGGCUUUAUACUCGACGACAAUUAAAUGGUGAAAUACUAUCUCGUUUUGUUAUUUCCUAUUAAGGUAUUUGUUUAAUAUUGAUAGGUUUUUCUUGAUCUUGUCUACUGACAACUUUUUUAAUUUGAGACAAGUCGAUCAACCCAAGCAUCAUGAAUUCUCAAUUUUUCCUUGCAUUGGUUAUUGCAAUGGGGUUCGUAGCCGGUAUCGAAGCGACGUGCUGCAAGAGAAAACCAGAUUUCGGUUGCUGUGGAAAUGGCGCAUGCAAUAUAUUCUGCUGUAAUUGUGAUGGCGGAUGCAACGAAAUAUGCGAGAAAACUCAUUGUGACACAGCAGACUGGUUCAAAUGUGCGGGUGUUUUGACAGCAUGUGCAGCUGCCUGCGUUGAUCCUGACUUGCCGGCGUGUGUUGCCUGCCUCGGCCCGUUGUAUGACACAUGCAAGAAAUGUUAUUCAUCCGAUGUUGAUACCAACAAAGCUCUAACUGAUGCCAAAUACAUGUUAAAUGCUUAUUACAAGCAGAAUGUUUGCAAGAAUAUCAACUUAUAUCGAAGAAAUAAAGCGAAUUGCUAAAGAGAUACCAUGCAACAAGACGCACGUAACAUUGAAUAAUUAACUUGAAAUUUAUUAUGAUUCUCACAGUUUUGCAUUAAAGAUAAUUACAAAGCUACAAAUCUUAUACUAAUUCCUGGAGCUGCAACUCCCAGCUAAACUCGCCUUAACUCCCACUAAUUCGAUCUCAACCUAUCGAAACUCUCUUAUCUUAGUUGUUAAUAAAAAAAAUAUAGAACUCGUAAAGUCCUCUGUGUUAUAAUUAGCUAUUUCAGAUGCUGACUUGUGGGGGGGGGUUAAGCGCGAUUCGCUAUCACAGAUACUUGUUGAAUUUGUGCAGGCUCAUUUAAAAAUCUGAUUUUUAAAUCUGUUUUGUUUAAAUCUUCAAUAUCUGAUGUGUUUGUGCUCUCGCCAAAAUGACGGGAAAAUUAAAUUUUGAAAUCCUCUUUUCAGAUUGUUCUGGAUUGAUUUAGAAUUGGUAUACCUAAAGAUCGGAUAAGAUUGUUUUAUAUUAGGUACUUUUUGUAACGCAAGUUGAAAUCAAAAUCAAUAGAUACAGACAGUCCUUUGAUUGUAGAAUCAGUGUGUGUGAACUUUCUUGAUCGUGAUUGUGCAUGGUGACUUGCCAUCAUCAGGGAAUGAUAUAUAUAUAUAUAUAUAUAUAUAUAUAUAUAUAUAAAGCUGGAUACUAAUAGCUGUUUUGCACGAUUGGGAGAAAUUUCAAAUCUGUUCUGGGUUUUUUUAAAACCCUGUAGUUUUACGUGCAUAUUUACGCUCGAAACUGCAGUUUCAGGAGAUAACUGGGUAAAUUCGGUCAAGGGAAGUUAGUAGUUUGAUAGUUUAUUUGACACUAAAACUUACAGCUCCAGAAUAUAACUAAUUCCACUGCAGAAAUAUGUUGGUUUACAA